AUGUCCGUAUUUCUCUGGCUUCUUCCAUUACGAAUUUCUUCAAAAUGUCAAGUUCUGUUACAUACGCUCUUCAGAAACAUGGCCAUACACUUCUCAAGAAAAUAUUACCAACCACAUCAUUGCUAUGUAGAAAUUAUGCAGAAAGGAAGCCAAAGACAGGUAUUUUGAUGUUAAACAUGGGAGGACCAGAGAACACUGAUGAUGUUGGAUUCUUCCUCAAUAAUCUGUUCAUGGAUAAAGAUCUGAUACCCCUACCUGCUCAAAGUCGACUGGCUCCUUUGAUAGCAAAAAGACGGACACCAAAAAUACAGGAGCAGUACAGAAAGAUUGGAGGUGGUUCACCAAUCAGGCAAUGGACAGAAACCCAGGGAAAAGGCAUGGUGGAAAUUCUGGAUAGGAUUAGUCCCGAAACAGCACCACACAAAUUUUAUGUAGGAUUUCGCUAUGUACGACCAUUAACAGAGGAUGCAAUUGAUGCCAUGGAUGCUGAUGGGAUAGAAAGAGCUGUUGCUUUUACCCAGUACCCACAAUACAGCUGUUCAACAACAGGAAGUAGUUUGAAUGCCUUAUAUCGUUAUACUACAACAAAGAAGGGUCUACCUAGUACAAUGGUUUGGAGUGUGAUAGACAGAUGGCCAACGCAUUCAGGACUAGUUGAUGCGUUUGCAGAUGUUAUACAGAAAGAAUUAGACAGAUUUACACCAGAACAAAGAGAUGAUGUUGUCAUAUUGUUCUCUGCUCAUUCCUUGCCUAUGUCGGUUGUGAACAGAGGUGAUCCCUACCCAGCAGAAGUUGGUUCUACUGUUAACCGUGUUAUGGAAAAACUAGGUCACUGUAACCAAUAUAGGCUUGUCUGGCAGUCUAAGGUUGGACCAAUGCCAUGGCUUGGGCCACAAACAGACGCAGCUAUAGAAGGUCUAGCUAAAAAUAAGAGAAAGAACGUCUUGUUGGUGCCUAUUGCUUUUACUAGCGAUCAUAUAGAAACAUUACAUGAGUUAGAUCUGGAAUAUGCAGAGGAACUUGGUGCUAAACAUAAAAUGAAUAUAAGAAGAGCUUCAGCUAUGAAUGAUAAUCCUAUAUUUAUAGAGGCCCAAGCUAAUUUAGUGAAAGAUCAUUUGGCAUCAAAUAUCGCUUGUUCUAAACAGUUAUUGCUACGAUGUCCAUUGUGUGUUAACGGGACAUGUGGAAAGACAAAAGCUUUCUUUGCAAGUCAACAGGAGCUAUUGGAUGAAAUGAAAUCUCAGGAAAAAUCAAGAGCUGUUUCAUCAGCUUAAUUUAGAUACCAACUUUGUUGAAGAUUUGUUAUACUAUAAAUUACUUAUACUGUGGUUAAAUAUGUUAUUGAAUUUUUAUUUCCUGAUACUCAGGAUUCAUUUAUUUUCGUAUAUAUGAUUUUGUGGUUUUGCCAAAGUUUGCAUAUAACCUGAUAGAAAAUUUGUAAUUUGUUGAACAUUUAAAUUCGUGGUUCACCUGUACCCAUGAAUACAAUGAAAACUGGUAUACAACGAAUAAUAAUGAAUCCACUGUAGGUGAACAAAUGUCAAAAUUGUUAUCCUGGCCUCAUUCUUAUUGUUACAUAUUUAAUUUGAAACUUUAACAAAUAUUAUAGGAAUUAGUAUCAUAGAAAUAAUUAAUUUUCAAUGGCUUUUGUAAACACACUUUUAAAAAGGGCUAAUAUAUUCAACUUAUUUCAGUGUUUAAUAUUGUGCUGAUGAGGACAUGUAAUAAGGAUAUUAUUUUGCUUCCCCUUUUGAAAAGAAACAAAUUUAAAUAUUAAGAAUAAAAUCUUUCAAUCAUGAUAUUAACAUAAAUUCAAAAUGAAUUGAUUUUUAUACGACUGCAAAAAUAUUUUGGGGAUCGUAUAAUGCUAUCAUGUCGUCGUCAUUGUCGUCCGAAGACAUUUGGUUUCAGGACAAUCACUUAAGUUUCAGUGUAUGGAUCUCUUUGAAAUAUAAGCAAAAGGUUCAAUACCACAAAAGGAAGGUUAUGAUAGUUUUUGGGGGUGAUGGUUCCGACCGUUUAUGAAUUAAGGGCCAAAAAGGGGCCCAAAACAAGCAUUUUUCUAGUUUCAGGACAAUAACUUGUGUAUAAGUAUUUUGAUUGCUCUGAAAUUGUACCACAAGGUUCAAUAUCACAAUC